UGUGGAGGCAUGGACUGUAACUGCGUCAGUGAUCUGCUGCUCCCCCCGGUGCCCGCGCUCUGGACGCCAGUCAUUCAGACAGCAGCGGCAGCACUCCUCCGCCCCCAGCCCCCUGGUGAGCAGCGGGACAAACGACAGGCCUCAUCCUCCUCCUCCUCCUCUCUUUCCUGCUCCCUCCGUCCAGGGUUCGCCUUCCCAGACUGGGCGUACAAGCCUGAGUCGAGCCCCGGCUCCAGGCAGAUCCAGUUGUGGCACUUCAUCCUGGAGCUGCUGCAGAAGGAGGAGUACCAGGGAGUCAUCGCCUGGCAGGGCGACUACGGAGAGUUUGUCAUCAAGGACCCAGACGAGGUGGCGCGGCUGUGGGGGAUCAGGAAGUGCAAACCACACAUGAACUACGACAAGCUGAGCAGGGCUUUGAGGUAUUACUACAACAAGCGCAUUUUGCACAAAACCAAAGGGAAACGAUUCACCUACAAGUUUAACUUCAGUAAGGUGGUGUUGGUGAACUAUCCCAUCCUGGACAUGGCCAACUCUCCCUUCUUUCUGGCCCAGAAUCACUUCAACGGGGGCUCCACGGCACCAGACUGCACCCCAGAGGCCAUACAGUCCCUGUUUCCUCGCCUGCCGGACUCCAGCAGAGGAACAUCCUUGUUCGAUCGAGGGACGACGGCACCGGGGCCCGAAGGAGACAAACUAAGACUGGACACGUUCCCUUUCCUCAGUUCAGGUGAGGAGAAAACUUAGCCACUAACUUUAACUUUCAGUGCCCAAAGAAAAGGGAAUCUUUUAGUAUCCCAGAGACAAAGCCAUCUUCAUGAGGAGAACGACAGCUCCUAUACAUACAGACGC